AUGGAUGGACUUUCAACUAUUCACGAUGAUGGAAAAGUUCAUAAAGAUUUUCAUUCAGGCAAUGUAUUAGUUGAUGAUGAACUCCCAGCAAUUAGUGAUUUAGGAAUGUGUCAACCAGCAGAUGAUAAUGAGCGAAAAGGAAUUUAUGGAGUAAUACCUUAUAUGGCACCGGAAGUUUUAUGUGGAUAUAAAUAUACAAAAGCAGCAGAUAUUUACUCAUUUGGAAUAAUAAUGAAUGAACUUAUGUCAGAAGAAAUUCCUUAUAAUGAUAUUUCUCAUGAUAAUAAUUUGGCUGUUAAGAUAUGCAAAGGAUUUAGACCAAAAAUUUCUGAAGAUACACCAAAAUUAAUUGCAGAUUUGAUUAUUAAGUGUUGGGACGCUAAAGCAGAAAAUAGACCAACAGCUAAAGAAUUGUUUCAAAUAUUAAGAGAAUAUGUAGGUGAAAUUAAUGUUAAAGAUGGUGAAAUUUAUUCUCAAAUAAAAGAAUGUGAAAAAAUUAAAGAAAAUAAAUCAAAAAACAUAACAAAUGAAAAUGAAUCUAAAAAUCUUCAAAACCACCCACAAGCAAUUUACACUAGCAGACUUUUAAAUUUUAAAAAUCUUCCAGAACCAGUAAAUUCAAUUGAUUAUUUAUCUUCAUUUCAAGGUAAUUUAACAUUUAAAAAGUUUAACAUAAUUAUAUAA